AUGAAUAUAGUGGAUCAAGGAUCUGUCCUCUCCCCAGUAUUGUUUAAUGUUUACACAUCUGAUAUCAUGAACACAACAUCGUGGAAAUUUAUGUAUGCAGAUGACGUGGGAUUAGUAACUCAAGCCGAGUCGUUUGAAAAACUGGAAGAGAUACUGAAUGAGGAUCUAUCCAUAGUACAAACAUAUUUUAAGUCAUGGCACCUUACACUCAACCCAAACAAAACUACUUCCAUUGCGUUCCACCUAAAUAACAGAGAAUCAGAUAGAAAACUAAACUUAAUGGCUCAGGGAGUUUACAUACAAGGAGAAGACGCCCCGAAAUACUUGGGAAUAAAGUUAGACAGGACUUUAACCUUCAAACAGCACUUAGAAGGAGUAAAAAACAAACUAAAAACUAGGAACAAUAUUAUCAGUAAGCUGGCCGGAACAAACUGGAGGUGCAGGGCAAAUGUCCUUCGCACUUCUGCUUUGGCUUUGGUGUAUAGUGCUGGGGAAUACUGUGCACCAGUAUAG